CACCCUCUAAAGUCCGAACGUCUGGAAGUUUCUUUCUGCGUCAGAUUCUCUCUUGCUAUCUUGCGCCAGAUAUUUUCAGCCCAACAUUGCCACUCUUUCCUUACAAAUUUGCAAUUUCUCCUAAUUCAGCUACGUCCAUUGUUUUGCUUUCGUGUCAAAAACUUUUGCUAAAAUCUAUGUAUGCUUGAGCAAGCACAAUUCAUUGCUGAUUGUCCGUGUUCGGCAGCCUUUGAUUUUAAAUCGUGGCACAGUUUUCUCAAACUUGAGAUUUUGGAUUCCCGGUAGAAGAAUUUGGUAUGGAUCGAGAAGGAGGUUCCAAAGGAUCGUGCUAUUACUCCGUGCUUGGAAUUCGCAGGGAUGCCUCCUUCUCUGACAUCCGCUCUGCUUAUCACAAGCUCGCCCUGAAAUGGCAUCCAGAUAGGUGUUCGAAAAACUCUUCGGACGUCGGAGAAUACAAACGCCGCUUCCAGAGAAUCCAAGAAGCCUAUUCAGUGCUGUCUGAUCAGGGGAAGAGAUCAAUGUACGACGCCGGAUUCCUCGAUCUGUUUGAGGAGGAUGAGGGCAUGGGUGAUUUUCUGCAUGAUCUGAUGAAUAUAAUGGAGGAAAAUGUUGGGGCUGAGGAGGAGAGUCUAGAGGAUCUUCAGAAAACAUUUGUGGAUUUGUUCGGUGAGGAUUUGGUCAACAUGAUGCAGGAGACUGAUAAUCGAACGGUGAGAAAGAGGACACGUGAUCAUGGAAACAAUGCGAGGGUUAAACCGAAACGUAGCACCAAUGUUUAGACUUUCUACCCAAUCCUGCCCUUUUGUGUACUUAAUUACCAAUCAAAUGUGUUUAUUGGGAUGAGGGUAGAUUAGGUAAGUUAAAAAGGACUAUCUAUUUAGAUUUUUUCGUGCGUACUGUUUGGUGGGUGCCAAGACUUUUUGGUUGUGUAAUAAAGUUACUUUCAUUUGGAUAUUUAAUUGCGUUUCUUUGAAGUAAA